CAAACAAAGUAGACACUUGUAAAUUUUAAGUUGAAUCUUCUCUGUCUCACCCUUUUGCGUGUGUGUACGGUGUGUCUGUGGCCACUAAUGUAGUAAAAGCAGAGUGCGUUGGUAAGGAAGAGCAGAAACAGAGAAAGAGGGAGAGAUCUUAUCCAUGGCAGCUAUUCCUAGUCUCCAAGCAAUUCAUCUCAAACUCGGGAGGCGUGGCAGCAUCCAAUGUGGGAUCUCGGAGCCGAGCGGAGAGCCAGCUCCUAUAGGGCAUAAGACUAGAUACAACGAUGGCUUAGCUGAGAGAGUGUUCAUGGGACUGUUCGCCAGAAAGAUGGACAAGUUUGGUGGCUCGAAGAAGAAGACUGAGGUGAAGGAGAAAGGGUUUUGGGACUACGACUACGAGAGCUUCGUUGAGGUUUCAAAGAGAGUGAUGCAAGGAAGAUCUAGGACACAGCAGCAAGAGGUUGUGAGAGAGGUUCUUCUCUCCAUGCUUCCUCCUGGCGCUCCUGAACAGUUUAGAAAGCUCUUCCCACCGACGAAAUGGGCUGCGGAGUUCAAUGCAGCUCUUACGGUGCCUUUCUUUCAUUGGUUGGUUGGUCCUUCUCAGGUCAUAGAAGUGGAAGUGAAUGGUGUGAAACAGAGAAGCGGCGUUCGUAUAAAGAAAUGCAGGUACCUGGAGAACAGUGGGUGUGUAGGAAUGUGUGUGAAUAUGUGUAAGAUCCCAACACAAGAUUUCUUUACCAAUGAGUUUGGCCUCCCACUCACCAUGAACCCAAAUUUUGAGGAUAUGAGUUGCGAGAUGAUAUAUGGGCAAGCGCCUCCUGCCUUUGAGGAUGAUCCAGCCACCAAAAAUCCUUGUCUAGCAGACAUAUGUUCUAUGUCCAAUCCAAGCUCGCCAAUCUGCCCUAAACUACAAGCAUGAAAGGGACUGGAUCAGCCAGAUGUGUUAUUUACAAGAGAUAUACAUUUACAUACUUUUUUUACAAACACAUACAGAUAAAAGUCAACAAUGUAUAGAGUCUUGAUACUAGUUAGUAUUCUGUGUUACUAUUCUAGUUGAGUUGUGAAAGUUUAUGAUAUACAUAC